CAUGUCCACACCCAUCCCUCAGAGUGGCUUUCCGCUCCCAGCCUCAGUCCAAGACCCAGGCCUACACAUAUGGCGUGUGGAGAAGCUUCACAGUGGCCCAGAAGAGGCCUCCCAUCUGCCCCUGUGGACAGGCCAGCAGUCGUCCCAGGAUGAGCAGGGGGCCUGUGCUGUGCUAUCUGUGCACCUCAGCACUCUGCUGGGGGAGCGGCCUGUGCAGCACCGUGAGGUCCAAGGGAAUGAGUUCGACGUCUUCAUGAGCUACUUCCCAAGUCCUCAAGUACCGGGAAGGGGGCAUGGAGUAGCAUUUCACAAGAAAGCCUUGAGCACCACCCCAGUAACCAUCAGAAAGCUCUACCAGGUAAGGAGGAAGAAGAACAUUUGUGCGACUGAGAGGGCUCUGAGCUCAGAUAACAUCAAUGCUGGGGACUCCUUCCUCCUGGACCUGGGUCAGAACAUUUUUGCCUGGUAUGGUGGAAAGUCCAGCAUUGCGGAGAGCAACAAGUGGAGGGACCUGGCCCUGGCCAUCCGGGAGAGUGAGCCGCAGGGCAAGGCCCAGGUGGAAAUCAUCACUGAUGGAGAGGAGCCAGCUGGGGUGAUCCAGGUUCCGGGCCGCAAGCCUGCUCUGAAGGAGGGCAACCCUGAGGAAGACAUUACAGCGGACCAGACCAACGCCCAGGUCGCAGCCCUGCGUAAGGUCUCUGAGGCCACUGAACAGAGGAAUCUGACCCAGGUGGCUGACUCCAGCCUUUUCUCCUCUGAACUGCUAAUUCCAGAUGGCUGCUUUGUCCACAAUGGGCUGUGUGGUAAAAUCUACAUCUGAAAAGGGAGAAAAGCUAAUGAGAAUGAGUGGCAGGCGGCCCUCCAAGUGGCUGAUGGCUUCAUCUUGCCAAUGAGAUAUUCCCAAAAUACUCAGGUGGAGAUUCUCCCCAUCUUCAAGCAAUUCUUCAAGGGUUGGAAGUGA